GAACAGAAUUGCAGUUAGAAUGUUUGCCACGCCCCUAAGACAGCCCACCAAUGCCAGCGGUGCUAGGCCAGCAGUCUCAAUGGAUGGCCAGGAGACGCCGUUUCAGUACGAGAUCACCGAUCACGGCUACGGCAAGGAUGCUGUAAAGGUGCUGCACGUAAGCAGGAAGGGACCCGUGCACACCAUCCAGGAGUUCGAGGUGGGCACUCACCUGAAGCUGUACAGCAAGAAGGACUACUACCAGGGCAACAACUCGGACAUCGUGGCCACCGACUCGCAGAAGAACACCGUCUACCUGCUGGCCAAGAAGUAUGGCAUCGAGAGUCCCGAGAAGUUUGCUCUGAUGCUGGGGCAGCACUUCCUCAACAAGUACUCGCAUGUGGAGGAGGCCCACGUCCAUGUGGAGACCUAUCCCUGGCAGCGUGUCUGCCAGGAUGAGACAAAGUCUGUCAAUAAUCAGGGUCAGGGCAGCUGCAACAACUUCACUUCCAUUGACAAUCGCUCGCUGCACAACCACGCCUUCAUCUUUACGCCCACGGCGUUGCACUACUGCGAUGUGGUAAUCCGUAGGACAGAUCCCAAGCAAACUGUCAUCACUGGCAUCAAGGGCCUUCGCGUCCUGAAGACCACUCAAUCCUCGUUCGUCAACUUUGUCAACGAUGAGUUUCGCUCGCUGCCGGACCAAUAUGAUCGCAUCUUCAGCACUGUAGUGGACUGCUCCUGGGAGUACUCGGACACAGAGACGGUCAACUUUUCGCGUGCCUGGCAAACGGUGAAGAAUAUCAUCUUGAGGAACUUUGCCGGCGAUCCACAGGUGGGCGUCUCCUCGCCCUCCGUCCAGCACACCCUGUACCUGAGCGAGAAGCAGGUUCUGGAUGUGAUUCCGCAGGUGUCGGUCAUCUCCAUGACCAUGCCGAACAAGCAUUAUUUCAACUUCGAUACGAAGCCUUUCCAGAAGAUUGUACCUGGGGACAAUAAUGAGGUUUUCAUCCCGGUGGACAAGCCGCAUGGCACCAUCUAUGCCCAGCUGGCCCGCAAGAACAUCAGUAGCCAUCUAUAACACCGAUCUUUAGUACGAUUUAGCAUAAAUAUAGCACAAAAUUAAAUAAAUACGAAAA